CUACCGCGACAGGUACUUGUGGUAGAUGCGCGGCAAACAGCAUCGGGAGACAACGUUUCUUUCUCUCGUCUGUCUUCGAAAAUCUGCUAGUACGAAUGACGCCGGUAAAAUUACUACAAUUUGGCUCUCAUGUCUUCACAAUGGUGAUAAACAGUGACGUGAUGUGAAGUGCAUUAUCUGUAUUAAUCGCUCGAUUUUCUGGAAUCUUUUGCUGAAGAAAUCUUAGGUGCGGUAUCGUAAACUUACAGAUACACUUCGCAAUCAGUGAACGAAGCCAAAAUGGGUUGUGCUUCACAGUGUGCCAAGUAUUUUCUAUGUUUCUUCAAUUUUGCUUUCUUCAUAGCCGGAGGAGCUGCGUUGGCGGUUGGAGUUUGGCUCUUCGCCGAUAGCAGUUCUUUUGCUGAUCUCAUCGGCAAACUCGAUCAAACAGACAUUUUGAAUAAAACGGAUGCCGAUGUCAUCAGGAUAAUAUCAUAUAUCUUGAUUUUGGCAGGAGCAUUGACCUUUUUGAUUAGUUUUUUGGGAUACUGUGGAGCAAUGUUUGAGUCUCGGUGUCUUCUUUGUGUUUAUGGUGUUCUUAUUCUGCUGGUUUUGAUCCUGGAAUGUGUUGUAGUAGGUUUAGCAUUCGGGCUUAAAGGAAAUGCAGAACAAGGUACACGAAAUUUCCUCAAAUCUACCAUCAAAUAUUAUGCCAGUAAUAUUGACAAAACAGAGACAAUUACAGUGGCGUGGGAUGGCAUAAUGACACAGCUCCAUUGUUGUGGAGUAGACGAUUAUUUGGAUUUCCGAGAAAGCAUGAAUUGGACAUCUACGGAAAAAAUUGUGCCUGAAGCAUGUUGUAUGAAAGAAAACAAUGUUUUGAAGGAUCCAUCUUGUCCUAUUAGCCCUACUUCCAGCAAUUCUUAUUAUAAACAGGGUUGUUAUGAAGCAAUAAUAAGGACAAUCGAAGAAAAUGCAGCUAUAGUAAUCGGCGUUGCGGCUGGAUUAGCAUUUAUCGAAAUCCUGGUUGUUAUUUUGGCUCUACAUUUGGCAUGCUGUUACUGGCGACCACAACACGCUUGCAUUGACGUAUCGUCGAAACAUGCUUGGUGAAUUAACAACAAUGAAAAUAUUGUAUUUAUAUUACCUCGAAAGUUAAGUGUUUCACUUUGAAUUUGUCUUCAAAUUACAAUAAGUUUAGCAUAAUUAUUUUGUUUCAACCAUAUGUUUACAGCAUCGAUAUUUAUUCAUAAUAAAAAGAGGAUAUAGGAUAAUUUCUUAAUAAUCAGUAUUAUUAUAGAUAUUGAACAAAUUGGGAACAUUUAAUGUUGCAAUAUUUCUAUUAUUAAAAUCUGUAAUUAAUCAGUUAUUUUUAAUAAUUAUAUUAUAUCGUCAUAUAUAUUUUUAUUAUUUGUAAGUUCGUAUAUGUAUAAAUAAAAUUAUAAAUUGACUAAAAGUAAAUAUAUCUGCAAAAUAAAUUUUAUACGCUUAUAUAAGAGCACUAUAUAUAUAUAUAUAUAUAGUUUACUAAAACUUUUAUAACUUUUGUAUUGUAAUGAUAUUUGUGGAUGAUAUAAUGAUAACGAACUGGAGCAGUUCACGCAAUCAUUUGUUAGUUCAUAUCGCGCACAAAACAUUUUCGUUUGCAGUUUUAACUUGUUGGUGUUGCUGUUGACCACAUAGACUAACAGUGAGUGCUCCGUAUCUUCUUGGCUCCUUCCUUCACAGAAGUGAAAAUUGGCUUAAGCUUACUUGAAACUCGGCCAGGAUAUAUUCGUCUACUUAAUCAUUACUCUUUUAAAAAUAUUCAUAAAAAUAGAAACGUUUGUUAAAUAAUAUUUUUUACAAACACUUUAAAUGUGAAUAAAUUUGAAUUCGACUAAUAAUUAAAACCCUAUAAGUACAAAAUUUUCAAAUGCAAUUUGAUUUAGUUACUAAUUUAAUUAGGAUUAAUUGGAAAAUUAAUUUUAUUAAUAAAAAAAUAUUGUUCAGUUUUGGAAGUAAAUCAGUACAAAAUUAAAUGAAGAGAAUAAAAUUAUAGAAAAAUUACAUAUGCUUGCGUUGAACUACUUUCUGUAUAUACAUAUAGUAUACAGAAUAAAAUUAUAUUUAUAUAUAAAAAUAAUUAACAUGGAAUAUUAUAUUGCAUUAUUUUAUUAAGUUAUAUUUACUAUAUUACAUUAAUAUGUAAACGACGCAUAUUAUAAUCUCUCUGUUUAUAAGACAAAUUAAAAUGUAUAAUAAAAAUUUGUAAUAUUUUAUAAUGUAUAUUUGACAUUGUUUAAUAAUGUAGAAGACUCAUGAUAAAGAUUUUGUAUUCUUUGUAAA